AGCUUGUGUGCCACAUUUCCAAAUAUGAUCUGGAUUCUAUCUCAAGUCUAGACAAUAUCAUUUCAGACCCAAUGUGAUUCUUGGCUUUUUCAACUGCCAACACAGGAUGGAGUUCAGGUGGUCUCGCGUGGAGCUGUCAGCUUCCUGUUAUCGUGUUUGUGAGAAUGCAGGAGCUCUAGCUGUGCAGGUGGUGCGCAGUGGGAACAGCAAAGAUCCGGCGUACAUCGGCAUACAGGUGGAAGAAGGAACAGCCAAAGUGGGGAAAGACUUCACUCACAGUUCUGCCAACCUUAUACAGUUUGAUCCAGGUGUAAAUGUCAAAAUGUGGAACAUUUACCUCAAAGAUGACGAACUAGAAGAGAACCAUGAGAAAUUUGAUGUAGUUCUGAAGACCCCAAAAAAUGCUGUUUUGGGACAGAGGAAAAAAGCCACAGUUGAGAUUGUGGAUCCUAGAAAUGGCAGGUGUAAUCCAGAUGAGCUUAUUGCUGAAGAAGAUGAGAAGCAACAUCCUUUCCAAGGCCCACCACACGUCCCAGAGCCUGAACCGCCCUUACUUGAGGAAUACACUCCAGACCCAAGAACAGGAAUCCUUUGGGAGAACUAUCCGCCAAGAGGGGACGUCCCAUAUCGCACACACUUCAGCCAUUACAGCGAUGGAGAACAUCAGGACCACGAGAUCUUUCACAGUCCGGGCCAAAGACAGCUGAGGAUUCUGGGUAGAAACAGGCACAGAGGACAUCUCUCAGAGGUGGACAACAGAAAUCAAGAAAGAGUUUGGAGA